GCAGCGCCGUGGGGACCAUGCAGGGCAACGGGCAGCAAGCGGCGGCGAAGGGCCGGGAGGGUCACCGCGGCGGCAGCACCGAGGCGGCUGACGGCGGGCUGCAGGCUGCGGCCGUGCCCAUGCUCCCGGCCAUGGAGGUGGCCGAGGAGCCGGACAAAGCUCCAGGCGCAAAGAGCAAGGAUCCCAACACCUACAAAGUGCUCUCCCUGGUGCUCUGUGUCUGCAUGUUAACCACGAUCCUGGGGUGCAUCUUUGGCCUGAAGCCCAGCUGCUCCAAAGAUGUGAGAACCUGCAAGGGGCGCUGCUUUGAGAGGACCUUCGGAAGCUGCCGCUGUGACAGAGACUGUGUCAAGCUGGGCAACUGCUGCUUGGAUUACCAGGAAACCUGUAUCCAGCCGGCCCACAUAUGGACCUGCAACAAAUUCAGGUGUGGAGAGAAGAGGCGACCCGAGUAUCACUGCUCCUGCUCAGAUGACUGUGUGGAAAACCAGGACUGCUGUGUCAAUUAUCAGAGUGUUUGCAAAGGAGAGGCAAGCUGGCUUGAAGAAGAGUGUGAGGACAUUGCUGAAGCCCAGUGUCCAAAGGGCUUCACCAAGUCUCCAGUGCUGCUCUUCUCCUUGGAUGGCUUCAGAGCAGAGUAUUUGCAGACCUGGGGCAGACUUCUGCCCGUCCUGAGCAAGCUCCAGGAGUGUGGGACAUACACCUCCAGCAUGAGACCAGUCUACCCUUCCAAGACCUUCCCCAACCAUUACUCCAUUGUCACAGGGCUGUAUCCUGAAUCUCAUGGUAUCAUUGAUAACAAGAUGUAUGACCCCAAGAGGAAUGCAUCUUUCACCCUUAGAAGUGAAGAGAAGUUCAACCCUCAGUGGUACCAAGGACAGCCUAUCUGGCUCACUGCUAUGUACCAGGGGCUGCGGGCAGCCACCUUCUUCUGGCCGGGCUCGGACGUCGCCGUCAACGGCAGCUUCCCCAGCCUCUACGAGAUCUACAAUGGCUCCAUCCCCUUUGAAGAAAGAGUGGUGACUGUCCUGCGCUGGCUGCAGCUGCCCGAGGAGGAAAGACCACACUUUUACACUCUGUAUUUAGAAGAACCAGAUUCCUCAGGCCAUCAGUUUGGACCAAUAAGCAGUGGGGUCAUUUUGGCACUACAGAGAGUGGACAGCAUUGUAGGGAUGCUGAUGGAUGGCCUCAAGCAGCUGAACCUCCAUAAAUGCCUCAACAUCAUCUUGAUAUCAGACCAUGGGAUGGAGGCAGGGAGCUGCAGGAGAACAGCCUAUCUGGAGAGCUACCUGGAUGAUGUUGAAGACUUCCUAGUGGUGCCUGGGCCUGCAGCUCGCCUGAGGCCUAACAAUGUUCCAGAUGAGUAUUUCUCUUUUAAUUAUGAAGGCAUUGUCAGGAACCUCACAUGCAGAGACCCAAAGCAGCCUUUCAAAGCCUACAUGAAGCAGCUGCUGCCCAAGAGGUUCCACUAUUCCCACAACGACCGCAUUGAGCCCCUGCACUUCUACCUGGACUCCCAGUGGCAGCUUGCUAGGAAGCCAGCUGAGAUCAAGAGGUGCACAGGUGGAUUCCAUGGCUCAGACAAUCGCCUCCCCAGCAUGCAGGCUAUCUUCAUUGGCUUUGGACCAGGGUUCAAGUCUCGUACUCAGGUGGAGCCAUUUGAGAACAUUGAAGUGUACAAUUUAAUGUGUGAUCUGCUUGAUUUGAAACCAGCCCCAAACAAUGGAACCCAUGGACGCCUGAACCAUCUGCUGAGGGAUCCUGUGUACAUCCCCCACCACCCCAAGGAGAGAAGCCACCCUUCUGAGUGCCCUGUGGUGGGACACAGAGCCUUCUCAGUCAGCCCUGGCUGCUCCUGCAGGGCCAGGGGGUUGCCAGUGCAGGAUUUCCCUCAGCGUUUGGAUCUCAGCCAGGCAGAAGCUGAGAGUGCAGGGCAGCUGUCUGUGCCCUACGGCCGGCCCCGGGUGCUGCAGCCAGGGCUCAGCUACUGCCUGCUCCACCAUCCCCGCUACCUGAGUGCCUACAGCCAGGACUACAGCAUGGCUCUCUGGACUGCAUACACCAUCCACCAGCAGGACCAGUGGCUCCCUGCUGCAGAGGAUGCCUCCAGCUGCUUGCACAGGGAUGCUCGAGUUCCUCUCAACCACAGCCAGAGCUGUUUGUUCUACCGCAGCCAUCCUGCCCUCACUUACGGAUUCCUUGCUCCUCCAAACUGGAUGGCAGAGGGACAGAGGCCUCACCACGAUGCCCUGCUCAGCACCAACGUUGUGCCCAUGUAUCCUGCAUUUAAAGUCCUCUGGAACUACUUCCACCAGCAGCUGCUGCCAGAGUAUGCUGCAGCCAGGAGCGGAGUCAACGUGGUCAGUGGGCCUGUGUUUGACUAUGAUGCUGAUGGGCUCUGUGAUAGCCCAGAAAAGGUGAAAAGGCACCCCAGGAAUUCAGAAGUUCCAAUUCCAACUCACUUCUUCAUUGUACUGACCAGCUGUAAAAACACCUCUGAAACUCCUCUGGGCUGUGGGGGCUCUCUGGAUGCCUUGUCCUUUGUUGUACCUCACAGAGAAGACAACAGUGAAAGCUGUGCGGCUGGCAGGGCUGAGGCCACGUGGGUUGAAGAGAGAAUGAAGUUCCACACAGCUCGGGUCAGAGACGUGGAGCUGCUCACUGGACUCAGUUUCUACCAGGACAGGAAGCAGCCAGUGGCUGAGAUUUUGCAGUUGAAAACAUACUUACCCUCUGCUGAAGUGAACUGAGUCCUCCCCAGGGGGUGCUG